CGUGGUCUGAAAGAGGUAGGCAACCGGACGAGUUGGCCGUACACACAGCACAGCGCCUGCCUCUUGUACCGGACGAGAGCCAAACCAGGAGAAGCUCACUGGCGGCUAGGGUUUGGCGGCCUCCCACAGUGUCCAAACCCUAGAGCUCUCGCACCUAUACAUGGCUAUUCCGUCUCUGGUCGCCGCGUGCUAGGUUUCUUUCGGGGUUUGGGGAUUGGGCCGCUAGUUGUAUCACGGUUUGGGGAUUAGAGCAAGCGGAAAUGGCGUCGAGGAACCAAUUCGAUCUCCUUGGGGAUGUCGACAACGACGACCCCGCCCACCUCCUCGCUGCCGCCGAGAAGAAGGCGGCAGCGGCGCCCAAGCCGGCGCCCGCGCCGGCCAAGUUGCCCACCAAACCUCCGCCGCCCGCGCAGGCUAUGAGGGAGGUCAGGAACUAUGGUGCUCCGCCACGCGAUGGAGCUGGACGUGGUGGUCCAGGACGUGGAAGAGGCGGCCAUAGUGGCAGGACUGGCCCAAGGCGAGAUUUCGGCGAUGCUGAUGCCAAUGGCUUCGAGGGAGGGUAUGGUGGUGGCUUUGGAGAUGGGGGAGUGGCUCGUGGUGAAAACGGUGAUGGGAGGCAGGCAGAGAGGGGCCGCGGACCACGCCAACCUUACCGUGGAGGCGGCUGUCGUGGUGGCUAUGCUGAUGGGCAGGCCGGGGAUGAGUUUGGGCGUCCACGACAGGCAUAUGAACGCCACAGCGGCACUGGCCGUGGCUAUGAGAUGAAGCGCGAGGGGGCAGGACGUGGCAAUUGGGGAACUGUAACUGAUGAAAGCCUUGCACAGGACGCUGUGGAAGCUGUAAAUGUUGAGGAGACUACUGCUGCAGCUGAGGAUGAGAAGAAGCCUGAAGAUGCACCACAGCCCGAGGUUGAGAAAGACAUGGAGGGUGUGGAGAAUGAAGAGGAAGAAAAGGAACCUGAGGAUAAGGAGAUGACUCUGGAGGAAUAUGAGAAAGUACUGGAGGAGAAACGGAAAGCUCUGCUUGCCCUUAAGGCUGAGGAGAGAAAAGUUGAAAUUGAUAAAGAGCUGCGGUCCAUGCAACAACUGUCAGUUAAAAAGAAUGCUGAUGAAGUGUUUAUCAAGCUGGGCUCUGACAAGGACUUGAAAAAGAAAGAAAAUGUGGAAAGAGAUGAGCGUGCAAAGAAGUCCCUGAGCAUCAAUGAAUUCUUGAAGCCGGCUGAAGGUGAGAGGUACUACAACCCCAUUGGCCGCGGGCGUGGCCGCGGCAGGGGCCGUGGUGACCGUGGGGGAUUCCGUGGAGAUUACAACGGUAGUUAUUGGGGACCAGCUUCUGCUCCAGCGAUCGAAGACCAGGCUCAGUUCCCUGCCCUGGCCUAACAGUUCGGUUCGCUCGUGGGUUCGCUAAGCUUGUGUCCUGUCGUUGAGUCUUUCUUUCGCGUUGAGGGGCGGCAGGCUCAGAGGGCUGCGCGGGGACGCGGCAAGGCUGACCGUGGGAGGGGGCGGCCGCCACCUUUCUCGCCUGUCGGGGCUGUCGAGGAGCAGUGGGGAGCAGGAGUCGUAUCGUAGUGGACGGGUGCUAGAAGGAGGUGACGAUAAAAUGGAUCGUCGGAGCGUUGGACGUCUUAUUAUUGGCAUUGCUGAUUAAAUCACGUCGUGUAUUGUUGGCCGAGCCAGCAACUGUUAUCCCACUAUCGUCUCCUUUGCAAACCAACUUGUUUCUGUCAGUGAAUACAAAUUAAGAUGGUCACGCCUGCGAUCAAGUUCUGAAAA